GCUCCCUCCAGACAUCCCCCCCUCUCCCAGAGUCCAGACUGCACUCAGCCCUUUGCAAACCCCCACUCUGCUCGUGCAAAGCUUCCUCUCUCUCCAAUUAUACAUUCCAUUACCUACCCCAGCAGUUGUUGCUUCGCUUGGUCGCAAUGGCCGGCAUGCUACCCGCGAGCGUUUAUGGGCUCCGCGUCCCAGCUGGUGGUCUCCCAAUCCCCGCUGCGGUAGAGUUCCCCGCCACUUUUCGCAUCACCAUGGCUGCCAUUGACCCUAGCGCAGUCCCCCAGCUUGACGAGACCUUCAAGACCCCUCGUGCUACCUUGAAACUCAUCCGCGAGCCUCUUGGCCCGGAAGACUCUGAUGACGAAGACGACGACGACUUUGAUAACAUCGAGGCUAUCAAAGCCCGCCUUGCCGGCGUCAUCUCCGACGAAGAUUCCGACAUGUCGGAUGACAGCGAUGAGGACAGCGAAGCAGAGAAGAACGGGGGCCCUAGCGACCCUGCCAAGGCCAAGCAGGCCAAGCGGGAAGCAUUUGCGAAGAAGCUGAAAGAAGAACUUGAAGCCGAGGAGAUGGAGCUCGACCAGCCCAAUGGCGUCAAUGGAGUCGGCUCAAAAGGGAAAGCCAAGGCCAUUGAUGGCGACAUCAGCAGCGACGACGAGGAUGGAGAGAGCGAGGGCGAGGGUGAGGUCGAAGAAUUCGUCCUUUGCACUCUCGACCCAGAAAAGAACUACCAACAGCCACUUGAUAUUACCAUCAGUGAACACGAGCAGGUCUACUUCUGCUCCAAUGGCACCCACGACAUCUACCUCACUGGCAACUACGUCUUGCCUAUGGAUGACCCUGAGAAUGAAGAUGACUCGGAUGACUAUGAUGAGGACGAAUAUGAUCUUCCCCCGGAUUCGGAUGAGCUUGAUGAAGUGUCUGACUUGGAGGAGGAUAUGCUUGAUGGGCUCCAGGAUCCAAGGAUCGAAGAAGUCCCAUCUGAUGAAGAGCCUCCAAAGCUACUCAAAGCCGAGAAGAAAGGCAAGAACAAGCGGCCUGCUGAAGACUCUGCGAGCGAAGAGGAGCCCACCACUCUCGACGACAUGAUUAGCAAGACGGCCAAGGCCGAAGCUCCGACUACUACCAAUGGCGAGCAGAAGCUGAGCAAGAAGCAAGCCAAGAAACUUAAGAAGAAUGAUGGCCAGGCUGUCGCCACUGCUCAAGAACCGGCCAAGAAAGAACAGGCAGCAGCACCCAACAGUGACAAGAAGAAGGUUCAGUUCGCCAAGAACCUGGAGCAAGGCCCAACUGGCUCGCCAAAGGUGCAGGAGGAAAAGAAGGAGACCCCAGCAGCUAAGGCUGGGCCGAGAGUUGCCAACGGCGUGACGAUCGAGGACAAGAAGCAGGGCAAGGGCCCCGCCGCAAAGAAGGGCAACAGGAUCGAGAUGCGGUAUAUUGGCAAGCUGAAGAGCAAUGGCAAACAGUUUGAUGCCAACAAGAAAGGCAAGCCUUUUGCAUUCAAACUCGGUGCAGGUGAGGUUAUCAAGGGUUGGGACCUUGGUAUAGUUGGCAUGACCGCUGGUGGUGAGCGUCGCAUAACAAUCCCAGCCCAUUUGGCAUACGGCAAGAAGGCUCUUCCUGGCAUUCCCGCGAACUCGGACUUGAUAUUCGAUGUCAAGUGCAUGGCGGUCAACUGAAGCAUCUUCAUCUAUAUUCACUACGGCUCGUACGUAUACGAGACGCACCUCCCUCUUGUACAACCCAACGGACUCCACUCCUGCGCUUACCAGCUCGCGCAGGUGACUGGCGCGUGUUGGGCCGCUGCGCUUCUCUCAUAUAUUUCCUUACGUUGAUGUUGCUUUACAUGCAUAGCGUACGAGAUAUCCGACUUGCAUAAUCUUGGGCAUGCGAUAGAUUCGUGCAGGAAGGAAGGAUUUCUCACCCAAUGCCUGAUGCCGCCUCUUUCCCAGCCUUUAGUUUUCCGGUUUUCUGUUUUCCUGAUUCUGCGCCCGGAGGGCUAUGAGCGGGUGUCAUAGCGAGGUGAUACCACGAGAAGUAUUGCUGAGGAUGCUAAUACCCGAAAAAGUUUGGAGUAUGUGUGAAUUAGCG